UGCGCCAAUGAAUUCGUCGUGUCGUUCUCCUCCAUCUUCAGAAAAUUCACUCCAUCCGCAUUUAAUCUAUUAGUUUACCACGUUAUGAUACGAAGCAUCUUCUAUAUUGGUACAACCCCGUGCCCCGGUUUGAUCAUCUCUAGUUACGCGCGGAUCCCCAAGUAAUUUUUGAGUAAACUACCUAAACCAUCUUGCAACCUGCGGGACCUCUCGCGAUGAGACCGAAUGAAACGCAUUAUCAACAACACUUAGGACUCAGGAAGGUCGUCCCUGCCGAAGAUGUUGACGACACCACCGUUGACAUCAUCGCAAUCCACGGCCUUGAUACCGAAUCGCCGCGGACAUGGACUUUUGAUAAAAGAGACGGAAGUCGGGCUGUGAACUGGCUGAAAGAUAGCGAUAUGCUACCAGCUGCCAUUCCAAGCGCCCGGGUUUAUACAUACGACUGGAACGCGAAAGUUUUCGACAAUGCCCCUGUCCAAACACUACUAAACCAUGCAGACAAUCUACUCGCUCUCGUGACAGAAGAACGUGGCGCCUCAAGUAGACCCAUCAUAUUUAUCGCAUCCUGUUUUGGGGGGCUUAUUUUGGCUGAGGCCAUCUGCCGGGCCGCCCAAGAAGGCAGUAGAUAUCGUCAGAUACUCCUAUCUACUGUUGGCAUCGUCUUCCUAGCGACCCCUCUUUCGGGGACGGAUGCAGCUGGCCCUGCGUCGUGGCUGGUGAUGGUGAAGGGGAUUAUGGGCAAGGAUGCGUCACGUCAAUUGAUUAAGGAUCUUGAAGGGCGUCAUGAUUUUGUUCGCGAGCGGGUCCAAAAGUUUGCCGAAAUUGCGAACUUCGAUUCCAUCCGGUUGCCGGUUCAAUGUUUCUUCGAGACAAGGAAGACCAAGAUUGCGAACAGGUUCUUUCCGGCCUGGUUUUCGAAUAUAUUGUCACGCGGUCAUAUACUGGUUACCCAGUCUUCGGCCUGUCUACACGGCUUUGAUCGUCAGAGUCUGGAGAGGCAGCAUGUGAUGAUGAAUAAGUUUGGGCGACCAGAUUGCCGUGAUUUCAAAUUAGUCAAGGGAGCUAUCCAGUCUAUCCUGGAUAAGGCAACCGAAACCCAGAAACAUCGAGAGAACAGUAACAAGAUAUUAGAUGCAAAGCCGACCUACUUCAUGGUCCCGUUCGGACGCAACGGGAACUUCGUCGGACGAGAAUCAAUCCUACAGCGGCUCCUUAAGCGAAUUCCCCCGAGAGCAAACAAAGACGACUGCCAGCGGACCGCCCUCGAGGGCCUCGGAGGCAUCGGGAAGACCCAGAUCGCCCUCGAGGCCGCCUACCAGGUCCGCGACCAUCACCCCGAGUGCUCCGUCUUCUGGGUCCCCGCCGUUGAUGCUGCCAGUUUCGAGAAUGCCUACCGUGACAUCGGACGCCAGUUAGGGGUAAAAGGGAUUGACAAUGAUCAGGACGAAGUUAAGACGCUUGUUCAGGCUGCUCUUAGUAACGAGAGCGCCGGGAACUGGCUCUUGAUCAUCGAUAAUGCCGAUGAUCUAGAGUUGCUAUUCACCGAUCUGGCGCUCUUCGAUUAUCUCCCGUUUAGUCGGCAAGGCUCUAUCCUUUUCACAACCCGAACUCACGAGGCCACAGUCAAGCUUGAUAUUUCACAAAAGGAUAUCACAAUUGUGACGGGGAUGAACGAGGAUGAAGCGACGAAUCUGUUACGGGCGGGACUAAAAGAAAGCCAGAUAUGCGAUGGGGAGAGCACGAAAAACUUGCUAGAAUUCCUCGCCAACCUUCCCCUAGCCAUCAAACAAGCAUCGGCGUACCUGGCUAGAACGGGAAUGUCAGUUCAAAAAUAUCUUCAGCAUUGCCGGUCGAAUGACAAAACCAUGGUUAAGCUCCUUAGCCAAGACUUCGAAGAUCGCGGCCGCUACAAGGAUAUGAACAAUCCCGUAGCUACAACCUGGCUCAUUUCUUUUAACCAUAUCGAUCGAGACUACCCACUUGCCGCGCGAUACAUGAGAUUUAUCUGUUGUCUGGCUGAAAAGGACAUCCCAGUGUCACUACUCCCUCCAGAGGAAGACGGGCUAAGAGUAGACGAGGCAAUUGGCAUCUUGAAAGGAUAUGCAUUCAUAAUGGAGCGCAGCGAUCCAGAAUCGUUUGAUAUCCAUCGGCUCGUUCGAUUAGCCAUGAGGAACUGGCUACAGACAAACAAAGAGUGGCAAGAAUGGACAACGAACGUCUUUCAACACCUUGCUGAAGAAUACCCCUUUCCCGAGAACGAGAAUAGGAGUGCCUGGAUGAGGUAUUUACCACACGGACAGGCAGUACUAGAACUUGAAGACAUGUCUGUUGAUGAAAAGGCAAAUAUCGAUCUUCUUAUUGUUCUUGCACAGAGCUAUUCUCUUCUUGGAAAGUAUAAUGAAGCCGAACGAACGUAUAGAAACAUAUUAUAUCUAGAGGAGCGGUUAUUCGGUAAAGAAGAUCCUGAAACAAUUUCCACCAUGAACAGCCUUGCCCUUAAUCUCUACUACCAGGGAAAGUACGAAGAGGCAGAGCCGUUGUAUCAACAGAAAAUAGAAUUCUAUAAGCGGGUAUAUGGUGAAGAACAUUAUCAGACACUGAAUGGUAUGAAUAACCUUGCACUUGUUUUCUACGAUCAAGGAAAGCACAAACAGGCAGAGAAGAUACAUCGGCAGAUAUUAGAUAUAAGAAUGAGGGUGGUGGGAAAAGAAGAUCCCGAUACACUUGCCACCAUGAAUAACCUUGCAGCUAUUCUCUGCUUCCAGAAGAAUUACGAAGAGGCAGAGCAGAUGCACCGGCAGAUAUUGGAUCUAAGAACGCAGGUGCUGGGUAACGAGCAUCCUGACACACUUGCUAGCAUAAAUAACCUCGCACUUGUUCUUGCCGAUCAGGGAAAGAAUAAAGAGGCAAAGCAGAUGCAUCGGUACAUAUUGAAUAUAAGAAUGCGGGUACUGGGUAAAGAACAUCCUGAUACACUUACCAGCAUAAACAACCUCGCGCUUAUAUUUAACAACGAGAAGAGAUACGAAAAGGCAGAGCGGAUGUGGCGGGAGACACUAGAUCUAAACAAACAGAUACUGGGUGAAGAAAAUCCCACCACACUUACUAGCAUGGGCAAUCUCGCAGGUGUUCUUCACAACCAGGAAAAGUUCGAAGAGGCAGAGCGGAUAUAUCGACAGGCAAUAGAAUUACAGGAACGGAUUCUAGGUGAAGAACAUCCUUCUACAUUAAGAACCAAAGGAAAUUUAGAUCUUUGCUUAGAGGCUAUAGUGAUUCUGAAAUCUGAGGAGAAAAGAAGCGGCUCGACUCGGCAUUUCUGGAGGCGGUGGAUGUCCUCGAAGAAUUCUUCGACAAGCGCUACGUAGCGGGCUACAAACUGGUGGAAUCCAUGAAAUACAACUUCAUCAACUGGGUCGGAAGGUCGGGGUGCACGAGUGGAAUAACCGGCAUCACCUCGUCCCGCUUCACCGCCACCAGUACCAACGCCUUUUGAAAAUAUUCGCCCUUCCCUUAUAGCGUCGGCCUCGUAGAAAGUCUUAUAGAAACCUACCGCUACAGCUUCAUCAUUUUCGACACGCCCCCGGAAGAAUUUCAUCAUGCCACUGUGGUACCAUCGAUGACCUCAAGACAUUGAGCACGAAUCGCUUUUUCAAGGCGAGAUCACAACUCAUAUCGUGCGAAGUGGCGGGAUGAAAUCCCGAUCGUAUUCCCAAUAGCGAGAUCCCUAUGCCGUGCCGCCUAGGGAUUUACCGUAUGGGUCAGACAGAACACGUUAUCGAUGCAGUUACGGGACAGAGACGGCUGAAGGUUGCGGUUGAGGAGAUUGAU